AUGAGGGAAAUCGUACAUUUACAAACAGGUCAGUGUGGUAACCAAAUUGGAUCCAAAUUCUGGGAGGUAAUAAGUGAUGAACAUGGAAUAAAUGGAGACGGAGUCUACGUAGGAGCCAACUCAUACCAGCUGGACAGGGCUUCUGUUUACUACAAUGAAUCAUCCAGUGGAAAAUAUGUGCCAAGAGCAGUUUUAGUAGACCUAGAACCAGGUACAAUGGAAGUAAUAAAAGAGAGUGCAUACGGCAAGCUGUACAGGCCAGACAACUUUAUACACGGGCAGUCUGGAGCUGGAAAUAACUGGGCAAAGGGACACUACACAGAAGGUGCAGAAUUGGUUGACUCUGUAAUGGAUGUAAUUAGAAAAGAGGCAGAAAACUGCGACUGCCUGCAAGGAUUCCAGGUCACCCACUCACUUGGUGGAGGAACUGGAGCAGGUAUGGGAACACUUCUAAUCAGCAAAAUAAGAGAAGAGUACCCAGAAAGAAUGAUGUGUACUUUCAGUGUGGUGCCUUCUCCCAAGGUAAGUGACACCGUGGUUGAGCCAUACAAUGCAACUUUGAGUAUUCACCAGCUGGUUGAAAACAGUGACGAAACAUUCUGUAUAGACAAUGAAGCGCUAUACGACAUUUGCUUUAACACUUUAAAGCUGCCCAACCCUGGAUACAAUGACUUGAACAGACUUGUUUCUGUUGUGAUGAGUGGAAUUACUACAACUCUUAGAUUCCCUGGACAGCUCAAUGCAGAUCUGAGAAAGCUUGCUGUUAAUAUGAUACCUUUCCCAAGGUUACACUUCUUUAUGGUAGGAUUUGCUCCUCUGACUGCACAGGGAUCUACCGCCUACAGGGCUACUUCAGUCUCAGACUUGACCCAGCAGAUGUUCAGUCCAAAGAACAUGAUGGCAGCAUGCGACCCAACAAAGGGAAGAUACCUGACAGUAGCAGCAAUGUUCAGAGGUAAGAUGUCAAUGAAGGAUGUGGACGAGCAGAUGCUUGGCAUACAGAGAAAGAAUUUUGCAAACUUUGUGGAGUGGAUUCCCCAUAAUGUGAAGACCUCUGUGUGUGACAUCUCCCCAACAGGCCUUGAAAUGUCUUCAACAUUCAUUGGAAACAGCACUGCAAUCCAGGAGCUGUUCAAGAGAAUCAGCGAUCAGUUCAGUCUUAUGUUCAGAAAGAAGGCUUUCUUGCACUGGUAUACCGGUGAGGGUAUGGAUGAAAUGGAGUUUACUGAAGCAGAAUCCAACAUGAACGAUUUAUACAGUGAGUACCAGCAGUACCAGGAUGCAACUGUGGAUGAAGAGGAUUAUGGCGUUCAUGCAUAAGAUAUGCCGUAAUUUAAAAUCUAAUAAAUCUA